AUGGUGAUGAUGACGAUGCUGUUGUUUUUGCUGCUGCUGCUGCUGCAACUACUGCUGCUGCUGCUGCUGAUAAGUUAUCGCAGCCACUGUAACGCAACGGCAGCUGCCACAACAACCACAACCGCAACCACCACUGAACAACAGCACCAGCGAAGUAAGCUUUUGAAUUCCAUUUAUUAUCGCCACACCGGCAGUGAUGUCAGCCGUGACGUCGGCAGUAGCAUCUAUGACUCUUUGUCAAAAGUUAAUUUCACUACAAACAGCAACAACAACAACAACAACAAUAUAUGCAAUCACAUCAUCAACAACAAUAAAUCUAGCAAUGACAAAAACACUUAUAACUCUUGUUCAUUUUGCCGCUGCACUGUCGUUUCAAACAACAACAUCAGCAACAACAUCAACAGCAACAACAACAACAACAACAUCAACAACAACAACAACCUUCCAGAUCUAUACAAUUACACAACAGCAUCAACGAUGAACGGCCCAUCAACACUACUAUUAUACCAACUACCUGGGAAUAACUACUACGACGAUGAAGAAGGUGAUGCCAGUGAGACAGUUUUUAACAACAACAAUAUCAACAACAACAUCAACAGCAAUAACAACAUCAUCAACAAUAACAACAUCAACAAUAACAACAUCAACAACAACAACAACAACAACAACCAUGAUACCGUUAAAAGAACAACUAAUAAAAACAACAUUGAAGAUUGUAGUAAAGAUGAUGAUAAUGAUGAUAUUAACGACGAUGAUAAUGAUGAUGACGCAUCAACAACAACAACAACAACAACAAAACUCAACAACAAUAAUCAACACAAUUUCAUUUACAACAACAACAACAAAAUUAUAAACAACACCAACAAAAAUAUCAUCCAAUCAAAAAACACUUAUCAACUAAAAACACCUUAUCUCAACAACCACAACAACAUCAACAACGGUCUAUUACCUUCUAAGCUAAUAAAACCAGCAGAUAGUUUCGUAAAGCCAGCAACGUCAUCUCUAAAUGACGUCACACAGCUGCUUCUACUCAGCAGCCAAAGUUACCAGCAAUACCAUCUCGACGAUGACGAAGGUGUCGUCAUCAGCAACGAAGCUAUCGCACUUAGCAACGGUUGCUUAGACAAUCAGCAGCUGCACUUGUGA